AUAUAUAUAAAAACAAGAGAAUUUAUGAGAAAUCGAGAGCAGCGAUCUCCCAAUUCGAGUCCCCGAAAAAACAAACAGAACGAACCCUCUGUUUUUUUUUUCGCUCAUGAAGAAACCACUGAAAUUCCUCCAAACCUUCAUCAGGCCUUUCAAAUCCCCUCUCGGAGAAGACUCGCAGCAGCAGAAAGAGGAGGAUUUGGAGACGAUCGCUGCACAGGAGCAAAAACAAAUCAGCUUCGAAACCCUCGUCGCUGCCACGCAAGACUUCCAUUCGAAACAGAGACUUGGGCAGGGCGGUUUUGGUCCCGUUUUUAAGGGUAAGUUGGAGGACGGAAAGGAGAUCGCGGUAAAGAAGCUGUCGCGGAGUUCGAACCAAGGGAAGAAGGAGUUCACGACCGAGGCGAAGCUUCUCGCGCGCGUGCAGCAUAAGAACGUCGUGAACCUGCUCGGAUACUGCGCACACGGCGCAGAGAAGCUUCUCGUCUACGAAUAUGUCGCAAACGAAAGUCUCGACAAACUUCUAUUUAAAUCUUCAGAUGGAGGGAAGCGAGGGGUUUUGGAUUGGAAGAAGAGGUAUGACGUAAUAAUUGGGGUGGCCCGCGGGCUACUUUACCUGCACGAGGACUCGCAUAUCUGCAUAGUCCACCGUGACAUCAAGGCCAGCAACAUCCUUCUUGAUGACAAGUGGAAUCCCAAGAUUGCAGACUUUGGAAUGGCCAGGCUCUUCCCUGAAGAUCAGACACAUGUCAACACCAGAGUGGCCGGGACCAACGGAUACAUGGCUCCGGAGUAUGUCAUGCACGGGCUAUUGUCAGUGAAAGCUGACGUCUUUAGCUAUGGCGUUUUGGUUCUGGAGUUGAUCAGUGGCAGGAAGAAUUCAAGCUUCACUGGUGAAGCCGAAGCACAAAACCUACUUGAAUGGGCAUGGAAGCUUUAUAAAAAAGGCCGGGGAAUAGAGAUCAUGGACCCCACUCUCUCUUCCACCAUGUCCACCACAGAACAAGUCUCAUUUUGCAUACAGGUAGGGCUCUUAUGCACUCAGGCAGACCCAAAGCUAAGGCCCACAAUGCGAAGGGUCGUGGUGAUGCUAUCGAAGAAGCCUGCUACCCUCGAUGAGCCCACAAGGCCCGGCUAUCCCGGGUCUAGAUACAGGCGGCCCCGCAGGAAUGUGGACAAUUCUAACUCCAGCGACUCGAUGUCUCGCGAGGCGAAUGCCUCUUCCUUGGCCUCAGCUUCCACUUCCAUUACCCACACUGCUACAACUUCUAUGCUCACAAGUCCAACACCGCCGUCUCGCGGGAAGCAGCCCAUGGAAGGCUAGGAUGGACUGGGCUGGGCUUGAGUUGGAAUGGGGUUGAUUGAGGUUUUGCUUAGAGCUUACUGUUUUAUUACAGAGGUUGUUUGUAUUUUUUUUAUUUUAUUUUUUGGUACAAUAUUGGCUUGUAUAGGUAAGACUGGGAACAUAAUGAAUGGAGGAAUUUUGGGUGCGUUUUGCAGUGGCCCAUGAAGAUGUGCCCAACACAAGCGUCCCCUAGACGUUUGGUGUGAUACAUGCAUGCAAAGAUCUGGGGCAUUCAUUAGAAGGGCCUUUCUGUGAA